AUGCGGUUGGAAUCAAGUCGAGAUCCUGGUGCUGCCACUGUCCGCUCUGGACGACGGAAACUCAGACCUGGCGAACCAAGCGAUUGGAAUCAGAAGGCCAACGAUGCAGCUCCGCAGCCUCAUACCCGCGGUACAGUCCAAAUACAACGACGUCUGGACCUGGGAACAGCACCGUCGCUGCCGCAGCUGACGAUGCGCAGAAGGGAGUCCAACAAUUCCAAAGCUAUAGACGCCGCCGCCACUCCCACCGUACCUGCAACUGCUGCUGAUGCCGUUGCUGCCGCCGCCGCCGCUGCGAAUGGUGGCCGCUCCAAAAUUCCACCAUGGCAACCAGGGCUUGCUAGGGCUGCUUCGGAUGCCUACCGUCGCCCAAAGGGUACAUUGAUGGACUCGUACGAUGGGGAGGAUGAGUCUGCCAAUGAGCAACCUUCGCGCCGUACAAGGAGGAACUCUUCACCCCCAAACCAACCUCGUCGCAGAUUAAUGCAUGGAGUAUAUUCCGAGCCCUCGACGCACAGAUCAGCGAGCGUCUCAUCGUAUGGCGGCGAUGAAGAUGACGAUCACGGCCUCGAGGUGGAGGAGAUACCGCCUGACGGUUCGUCACGUCAUAGCAGACAGCACCUGUCCAGCCGUGAUGAAUAUCUCGAUUCCUCAAGCGAUAGAAACCGCUAUCGAAAGAGAUUUACACCACGGCGAUAUUACUCCGACGACGAGCGAGACUCUGACCCUCCGCUUUCGGCCAGUGAUGUGCCUUCUACUUCGCAUACACGAGAAUCCUCCAGGGUCCGUGAGAGGAGCGAGUCGGCCCAUAAGGCUCAGCGCUAUCAGUUGACGCAUGUCAUUGAAGGUUCACGACCACCUGUUGCAUCGAGAAAAAGCUCCAAUAAUAAGUUGACUAGACGAGCAACAUCAACUGGACGAGACGGUGUAGGGUAUAGAUCGGCAGAAUCGGCCUACGAGGAUCGAGAUCCUAGAAGAUCAUUGAAUACCAUGCGGUCUGUUCGCAGCCUCAACGGCUCGACUUCAGGACCCGCUCGUAUCUUGGGGAAUAUUUUUGGCAAUGCCGCUUCUGGGCCUAUAUCCAGGCCUGUUUCCAGGCCUGCUUCUAGGCCGGCCUCCAGGUCCAGACCUUCAUCGCCAGACAAAUUCUUCAAACUUGAAAAGCAAUCUAAGAUGGAGAAAAGAAAAGGGGUUGAGUGUGUUAUAUGCAUGGAGGAUACUCCGUCGUCAAAGGGAGCGGACCUAAAGUGCGGCCACCGAAUGUGCAAUGCCUGCAUGAAGCGCAACUUUGAAAUGUCGAUUCACGAUCCGCAGCACAUGCCCCCACGCUGCUGCACAAAAAGUCAUAUCCCACUCAAACAUGUGGAUAAGCUAUUCGACAAUGCUUUCAAGAUGACUUGGAACCGCAAGUUUGCAGAGUACUCAACUGGAAACCGAGUCUAUUGCCCAUCAAAGCGUUGUGGUGAAUGGAUCAAGCCAACCAGCUUUUAUCGAGGAGAAGAUGGUAGAAGAGUCGCUCGCUGCGGUCGUUGCAAGACCAAAGUUUGUCCAAAGUGCAGUGGUAAAUGGCACAACUCUACCGAGUGUCCACGUGACGAGGAAACGAACAGAUUCCUCGAUCAAGCAAAGGAGGAGGGUUGGAAGAGAUGUUACAAGUGUAAAUCAAUGGUUGAACUCAAAGAAGGGUGCAACCAUAUGACCUGCCGAUGCGGAGCUGAAUUCUGUAUGAUAUGCGGCACUAAAUGGAAAGGCUGCAGCUGUCCAUGGUUCAACUACGAGAAUGGAACUAAUCCAUGGGAAAACAACCAAGUUCAGGAUUUGAACAUUCCCACUGAAGACCUGAGGAAGAUUCUCCGGGCUAAUAGGCCGAAUUCAAUGGAAGAACUGCGAUCCUACUCAAGGCCCACUUCCUCGAUGCCCGCAACAAGAUCAAAACCUCAGCCUUACGACGAGGAGAUGCACCUUCGCCGGCUGCAAGAGCAGCGUGAUGCCGGAUUUGCAAGGAGACUGCAGGUCUCGGAUGAGCAUGACGAUGAGCAAGAAGAUGACCGCGACUAUGACCGCGACUAUGAUCGUGAUCGUGAUCGUGAUCGUAACCGUGACCGAGAUCGAAAGCGUGAUCGGAAUCGUGGUCGAGAUCGUGAUUGGGAGCGUGAACGAGAGCGCGAGAACCCCUUUGCUCCCAUCACGCCUGAGGAAGAUGAGGAUGAGAUGGAUUUUGGGCUCAGCGGCAGCAAGCAUCACCAGAUGGAAGAUUAUAGACGAACAAGCUUGCCAACUUUGCCUACCGCAGCCUCAGCCGCACAGCCGCCGGCGCCUUACAACAGCUACGUUUCUGGGGUCAACCGUGCCAGGGGUCCGCAGCGCAGUGGUUCAAUGGAGCAGCGUCUGGCUGAUAGGUUGUCAGAGAACCGCCCAGAACGCCGGUCGAGAGGGCCAUCUCCUCCAGCUCCAGCCCCAGCUAUGCGACCCCAUGUACUGCACCCAAGAGAUGCUACCAUUGGACACGCUCCAGAUAUGGGAAUCGGUAUGGCUCUUGGCGCGAUGGGAAGAGGUUCUGCACCACCACCGUCAGCCUAUGCCCCCGUACCGGCGAUGCCCUCGCCCGGAUUGAUGAGGCCGAAUCCCUUUGCAGGAGACGCGUACUAUGAUAAUGCGUACACCACCACGCCACGAUCAGUUCACGAUCCGUAUUACUACGGAAUGGAGACUGCUGAAACCGAGCUUCCCUCUCCCAGGCGCAGAUCACGGCGCAGUGGAGAAGAGCGCGAGAGACCCAAGUCAUCGACUUUGGCAGGAUUGACGGGGUAUGGCCGAGGUGCGCAUCGGGUGUCGGAGUGGAGGAGUUUUGUUGAACCAGGAUUUCCUGAUGAAUAG